GCCUAAUGGCUCACCAACGAGUUCACACCGGGGAGUGGCCGUUCACCUGCUCAGACUGUCGGAAGGGAUUCACUUGCUCAUCCCAACUGAGGGUGCACCAGCGAGUUCACACUGGGGAGCAGCCAUUCACCUGCUCAGACUGUGGGAAGGGAUUCACUGAAUCAUAUAAACUACUGAUACACCGGUCAGUUCACAGUGGCGAGAGGGCGUUCACGUGCUCAGACUGCGGGAAGGGAUUCACUUGCUCAUCCCAACUGAAGGUGCAUCAGCGAGUUCACACUGGGGAGAGGCCGUUCACCUGCUCAGACUGUGGGAAGGGAUUCACUUCGUCCUCUGUUCUACAGAGACACCAGCAAAUUCACACUGGGGAGAGGCCGUUCGCCUGCUCAGUGUGUGGGAAGGGAUUCACUCGAUCAUCCCACCUACAAGCACACUGGUCUGUUCACACCAGGGAGAGGCCGUUUGCCUGCUCAGUGUGUAGGAAGGGAUUCACUUGCUCAUCCCACCUGAAGGUACAUCAGCGAAUUCACACUGGUGAGAGGCCAUUCAUCUGCUCGGAUUGUGGGAAGGGAUUCACUCGAUCAUACCAGCUGAAGGUACAUCAGAGAGUUCACACUGGGGAGAGGCCGUUCACCUGCUCCGACUGUGGGAAGGGAUUCACUCGAUCAUCUCAACUGAAGGUACAUCAGCAAGUUCACACUGGGGAGUGGAUGUUCACCUGCUUAACCUGCGGAAAGGGAUUCACUCAGUCAUCUGAACUGUUGGUACACCAGCAAGUUCACACUGGAGACAGGCCGUUCACUUGCUCAGUGUGUGGGAAGGGAUUCACUCGGUCAUCCAACCUACUGACACAUCAGUCAGUUCACACUGGGGAGAGGCCGUUCACCUGCUCAAACUGUGGGAAGGGAUUCACUUGCUCAUCCCACCUGAAGGUACAUCAGCGAGUUCACACUGGGGAGAGGCCGUUCACCUGCUCGGACUGUGGGAAGGGAUUCACUUGCUCAUCCCAAUUGAAGGUACAUCAGCGAGUUCACACUGGGGAGAGGCCGUUCAUCUGCUCAAACUGUGGGAAGGGAUUCAUUCAGUCAUCUGAACUGAAGGUACAUCAGCGAGUUCACACUGGAGAAGGGCUGUUCACCUGCUCAGACUGUGGGAAAGGAUUCACUUGCUCAUCCCAACUGAAGGUACAUCAGCGAUUUCACACUGGGGAGAGGCCGUUCACCUGCUCAGACUGUGGGAAGGGAUUCACUCAAUCGUCUGAACUGAAGGUACACCAGCGAGUUCAUACUGGAGAGAGGCCGUUCACCUGCUCAGACUGUGGGAAGGGAUUCACUUGCUCAUCUGCACUGAAGGUACAUCAGCGAUUUCACACUGGGGAGAGGCCGUUCACCUGCUCGGACUGUGGGAAGGGAUUCACUCAGUCAUCCGCCCUAAUGGCACACCAGCGAGUUCACAGUGGGGAGCGGCCAUUCACCUGCUCAGUCUGUGGGAAGGGAUUCACUCAGUUAUCUCAACUGAAGGUGCACCAGGGAGUUCACACUGGAGAGAGGCCAUUCACCUGUUCAGACUGUGGAAAGGGAUUUACUUCAUCAUCUCAACUACUGAGUCACCAGCAAGUUCACACUGGAGAGAGGCCGUUCACCUGCUCAGACUGUGGGAAGGGAUUCACUCGGUUGUCUCAUCUACAGAGACACCAGCGUGUUCACACUGGGUAGAGGCCGAUCUCCUGCUCGGACUUUGGGAAGAGAUUCUCUCAGCCACCACCACCAUAUGUCCAUCAUUGAGUUCACAUUGGGUAGAGGCCGUUCACCUGCUGUGAAUGUGGGAAGCGAUUUGCUCAGUCAUCUAACCUUAUGUAACUCUCACUUCAGCUAGAAGCUUAACAUCGGGGUGAUAGCCCCCCAGCCCGGCCAAACUUAAGAAAUCUCAUUUGGGUGGAUGCUGCGUGAUGUGACCCCCGUUACAAAUCAGUACCCUGAAAUAACAAACGGUACACAAUUGCGAUUAAACGAUUGGGCUUUGUAGUUCUUACUUUGACUAUAGGGUUAGAAAAGAAAAAAUAAAGGAAAAUGGCCCACUCCAUUCAUGUCUUCUCUUCUCUCCCCGGCAAAAGACCAAAUCUCUCUUCCAAACUCACAAGAAAGAACAUUUCUCUCAUUGGAUAGCCCUGCACUUCAAAACCCUGUUAUCUCUUGUCGUCACCUAAACAUUGCUGCUGCAGAGAAACCGUUACCUCAGCAGUGAUACAUUACAGAGAGACCAUUACAUUAACACUGAAACCUCACAGCGUGUUACAGUUGUGACACACUACCAGGUUCACAAUAGACAAUAGGUGCAGGAGUAGGCCAUUUGGCCCUUCGAGCCAGCUCUGCCAUUCACUGUGAUCGUGGCUGAUCAUUCACAAUCAGUACCCUGUUCCUGCCUUAUCCCCAUAACCUUUGAUUCCACUAUCUUGAAGAGCUCUAUCCCUCUCCUUUCUUGAAAGCAUCCAGAGACUUGGCCUCCACAGCCUUCUGGGGCAGAGCAUUCCCUAUAUCCACCACUCUCUGGGUGAAAAAAUUUUUCCUCAAUUCCAUUCUAAAUGGCCUACCCCUUAUUCUUAAACUGUGGCCUCUGGUUCUGGACUCACCCAUCAGCGGGAACAUGCUUCCUGCCUCCAGCAUGUCCAAUCCCUUAAUAAUCGUAUAUUUUUCAAUAAGAUCCCCUCUCAGACUUCUAAAUUCCAGUGUAUACAAGCUCAGUUGCUCCAAUCAUUCAACGUAUGACAGUCCCACCAUCCCGGGAAAUAACCUUGUGAACCUAUGCUGCACCCUUUCAAUAGCAAGGAUAUCCUUCCUCAAAUUUGGAGACCAAAACUGCACACAGUACUCCAGGUGUGGUCUCACUAGGGCCCUGUACAGCUGCAGAAGGACUUCUUUGCUCCUAUACUCAAUUCCCCUUGUUCUGAAGGCCAGCAUGCCAUUAGCUUUCUUCACUGCCUGCUGUACCUGCAUGCUUACUUUCAGUGACUGAUGAACAAGGAUACCUAGAUCUCGUUGUACUUCCCCUUUUCCUAACUUGACUCCAUUUAGAUAAUAAUCUGCCUUCCCGUUCUUACCACCAAAGUGGAUAACCCCACAUUUAUCCACAUUAAACUGCAUUUGUCAUGCAUCUGCCCACUCACCCAGCCUGUCCAAGUCACCCUGCAUUCUCAUAACAUCCUCUUCAUAUUUCACACUGCCACCCAGCUUUGUGUCAUCGGCAAAUUUGCUAAUGUUACUUUUAAUCCCUUCAUCUAAAUCAUUAAUAUAUAUUGUAAACAGCUGCGGUACCCCACUGGUCACCGCCUGCCAUUCCAAAAGGGACCCGUUAAUCGCUACUCUUUGUUUUCUGUCAGCCAGCCAAUUUUCAAUCCAUGUCAGUACUCUGCCCUCAAUACCAUGUGCCCUAAUUUUGCCCUCUAAUCUCCUAUGUGGGACGUUAUCAAAGGCUUUCUGAAAGUCCAGGUACACUACAUCCACUGGCUCUCCCUUGUCCAUUUUCAUACUUACAUCCUCAAAAAUUUCCAGAAGAUUAGUCAAGCACGAUUUCUGCACUGGGGAGAAAGUUUCAACAACCUGCCUGCUGGAUAUUUGUCCAUCACCGUUGCUGAAUGCAAUUUUGAAAGUGACUGUUGGUGCUGAACUCUGCAAUUAUUGCUGCUGCUCACCACACCCAAUUCUGCACCCUGGUGACUGAACAUGGGAGGAGUUUCUUCUGCUGCAUAUUCACCUUUAAUGGGACUGGAGUUUUAUAUGGACUGGAGUGGAGAGCGGCCACUGAAGGAGUGGAGUUUUGAGGCUUUGGCUCGAGAGGUUCUGGCAGUUUUGGCAGCUGGAUUGUGCAAUCAUGUCAAUCAAGAUUUCGAUAGCUCGACUCAGCAGAAAGCAGCUGAUUGGUCAGUCGAGGUCAGGUGUCCAAGCAGUUUGAUUGAGCAAUUGAAAAUUGAAAAACUCAACAAACAAAUAAAAAGAGGGGCAGCUCAAGCGAAGCGGCCAGUGAGUGAGUGGGCCAGUGAAGGAGUGGAGCUUUGAGACUUUGGCUCAAGAGAUUUCAGCGAGCAGAGGCAGAGGAUGAGCUUGCUCCCAGUAAGGUAAGGCUGGGUAAGUUUAUUUAAUUAAUUAAUUUAGGAGUUAGUAAUGGAGGCAGUAGAUAGGGCAGUCCAGUGCUCCGAUUGUAGGAUGUGGGAAGUCAGGGACAACACAAUUGUCUCCGAUGUCUACACCUGCAAGAGGUGCAUCCAGCUGCAGCUCCUGUCAAAUCAGAUCGUUCGGGGGGCAGAGGCAGUAAUAGAUCAGAGUUUCAGGGAGACAGUCAGCCCUAAAAGCCAGGAGACAGGUCAGGUGACUGUCAGGAGAGGGAAGGGGAAUAGACAGAAAGAGCAGAGCAUCCCUGUGGCCGUUCCCAUCAACAAUAAGCGUACUAUUUUGGAUUCUGUUGGUGGGGACGACCUACCAGGGACAAGUUGCAGUGGUUGUGUGUCUGGCACCGAGACUGGACCCUCAGCUCAGAAAGGAAGGAGGGAAAAGUGGAGAGCAGUAGUGAUAGGGGAUUCAAUAUUUAAGGGGACAGUUAAGAGGUUCUGUGGGAAAGAUGGAGAAUCCCGGAUGGUCUGUUGCCUCCCUGGUACCAGGGUCCACGAUAUCUCGGAUGGAGUUCUCGGUAUUCUCAGGAGAGAGGGUGAGCAGCCAGAUUGUGUGGUCCACGUG